UGUAAAUGAGGUAAAUUUAAUGUAUGGUAAUACACAACAAACCCUUAAACAUGGGUACAAGAUCAUCUCCAAGCAACUAUUGGACAGUUAUGCGAUUAACAGACUGUUGAGUGCCAUGCUCCUUUCAUCAUCUGCACAUUGUCACAUUGUGCAUCAAAGGAAUUUACUUGCCUUUAUUUGUCGGAGACGGACUUUGUUGAGCGUCAUGCUCCUUUCAUCAUUGCUUGUCACAUUGUGCAUCAAAGGAAAACUGUGAUGCCUUUAUCAGUCUGUCCCAUAACACAGAAGAUAUAGAGGUAGAUUCUUGAGAGUGCCCCCCAAACUCAGGCCCUGGCAUCUGUAUACAGGAGCAUUUCAAGGAUAAGGAAAAUAACUUUGAACUGGCAUUAAGAACUUUGUGGACUGUGGAGGGCAGCAUUACACCUCCGAGUGUACAGCCUGCCAGAAAUUGUUCAAAGAAGAGGAACGCACAUCAAUAUCGAAAAAGUCAGUGGAGAAAAAAGCAUUGCAACAUUGGAGACCAUGAAAACAUCAGUAGAGCCCAGCCUAUGGACGUCACAGGCCAAUGCAGAGGUGAAACUGAGGAUGGGCGACUCAGGCUUGGCUGCUUCGACUCCACUGACUGUCCACCAUAUGUUCACCUCAUCUGUCCAGCGCUUUGGUGACUACAAAGCUUUGGGCUGGAAGGAGGGUGAGCAGCGAAAGAGCCUUAACUACAGAGAAUACUACCAGAACUGCCGUACUGUUGCCAAGGGCUUCCUGAAGCUUGGUUUGGAGCGCUUCCAUGGUGUUGGCAUCCUGGGCUUCAACUCACCGGAGUGGUUUAUGGCUGAUAUUGGAGCCAUUUUUGCAGGUGGAUUUGCUGUAGGCAUCUAUACCACCAACUCUCCUGAGGCCUGCCAGUAUGUAGCAGAAAACUGUAAGGCCAACAUUAUUGUGGUGGAGAACCACAAACAGCUGCAGAAAAUCCUCCAGGUUGAAGACAAGCUUCCACACUUGAAAGCCAUUAUCCAGUACAAAGAUACACUUAAAGAGAAGAGACCAAAUCUGUACACAUGGGCCGGACUCAUGGAGCUGGGGCGUCAUGAGCCUGACGCUCCCCUCAACAUGGUCAUUUCCAGCCAGAAACCAAACCAAUGCUGCACACUCAUCUACACCUCAGGAACCACAGGCCAGCCCAAAGGAGUCAUGCUGAGCCAUGACAAUCUGACAUGGACUGCACUUUCCACCAGCAUUCAUGUGAAUCUGACAGACACCACUCGGGGUCAGGAGGUGGGGGUGAGCUACCUGCCACUGAGUCACAUUGCUGCUCAGAUGGUGGACAUCUGGAUCGCCAUGAAGAUCGGAGGAGCAACCUACUUCGCUGAGCCAGACGCCCUCAAGGGCUCUUUGGUAAACACCUUGAGGGAGGUGCAUCCCACUGGCUUACUUGGUGUCCCUCGUGUCUGGGAAAAGAUGCAAGAGAAGAUGAAAUCUGAAGGAGCAAAGUCCUCAAACCUGAAAAAGAAAGUGGUUGCAUGGGCCAAAGAUGUCGGUCUGCAGACUAAUCUCACCAAGUUAAACCAAAAUGUCAGCCACAUACCAUUCAACUAUCGUAUCGCCAAAAUGCUUGUGUUCAACAAGGUGCGUAAGGCUCUGGGCUUGGAACGCUGCUCAAACUGUUACACAGGCGCUGCACCCAUCACCAGAGACACCCUGGAGUUCUUCCUCAGUUUGGAUAUUCCACUGUAUGAGCUGUAUGGCAUGAGUGAGAGCUCUGGACCUCACACCAUCUCCCUUGCUAAUGCCUUCAGACUCACUAGCUGUGGCAUUGAUCUCCCAGGGUGCAAGACAAAGCUGCACAACCCAGAUGAAGAGGGAAACGGUGAGAUCUGCUUCUGGGGACGCCAUGUCUUCAUGGGUUACCUCAACAUGCCCGAGAAGACAGAGGAGGCUCUAGAUGCAGAAGGCUGGCUGCACUCAGGUGACCUGGGAAAACAUGACCAGAAUAAGUUCCUCUACAUCACUGGAAGAAUUAAAGAGCUGAUCAUCACAGCAGGGGGAGAGAACAUCCCUCCUGUUUCCAUCGAGGAUGCAGUCAAAAGUGCUCUGCCACUGAUUAGCAACGCCAUGCUGAUUGGAGACAAGAAGAAGUUUCUGUCUAUGCUGCUCACCAUUAAGUGCCAGGUUAACGCCGACACAGGCGAGCCAGAGGAUGAGCUGUCUUCAGAGGCUGUACAGUUCUGCAGGAAGGCAGGCAGCAAUGCCACGCGAGUUUCUGACAUUGCAGGUGGCCGAGACCAGGCAGUUUAUGCAGCCAUUCAGGAGGGAAUUACUAGAGUCAAUGAGAAGGCAACCUCCAACGCUCAGCGCAUCCAGAAGUGGAUUGUUCUGGAUCAGGACUUCUCCAUCAUUGGAGGAGAGCUGGGCCCUACCAUGAAGUUAAAGCGUCCAGAGGUGAUGAAAAUGUACAAGAUACAGAUUGACAACAUUUAUGAGGAACUUGUGCAGUCUUCAAAUCCAGACAACCUGCUGGCUACCAAAUAGAGCUGCUCCUCCACCUACAGGGAGAUCCAGACUGUUGGCAUGGACUCAUUCAUCUUCAACGUCUCCCUGUGGUCAUCAUGUCUUGGUUUAUAUUUUUUGGGUGCUGCACAAAGGAUUGGUGAUUUUCAAAAAUGUGAAUUUCGAUGUAGUUAUAAUGUGAUUUGAAUUUUACAUCGUUUAAAUAAACUUAGUAGUUGUACAUG